GAGGUCGUAAAGUUUUGGAGCAGGACCAGCAUCAUGUCCGACUCUGUGCUACUGCUGCUCCUGAUGUCCCUGCUGGUCCUGUCCACAGGAAGUGAUGCCAGGAGACUGAGGAAGAGAGGACUCAACCAUAAGGAUUACGAGUAUCCCAACCACCCUCAGUCUGCACAGCAGCAGAAGAACGACCGGUGUCCACCUCCACCUCAGAUGCUACCUGAGCGAGCCUGUGAGGUACCGGGCUGUCGCUCCGACUCGGAGUGCGAGCGUCACAAACGCUGCUGCUACAACGGCUGCAUCUACGCCUGCCUGGAGUCUGUUCAGCCUCCACCAGUGCUGGACUGGCUGGUGCAGCCCAAACCUCGGUGGUUGGGAGGUAACGGUUGGCUCUUGGAUGGUCCAGAGGAAAUUCUUCAAGCUGAGGCCUGCAGCACCACUGAGGAUGGAGACGAGCCUCUCCACUGUCCUACGGGCUACGAGUGCCACAUAAUCAACCCAGGAAAUGCAGCUGCAGGUAUUCCCAACAGAGGGCAGUGCAUCAAGCAACGAGGAAAUUCCGAUGGCCGUGGAUUGAGGCACAAAUACUUUAAGGACUACAAGGAUUACUUAGGUAAGUAAAGGUACCAAUUCCAACAAUGCGGUCGACUACGAAAAACAUCAACACAAGCACCUGGGAUGAAGUACGUUCUCACACUGGGGGAAAAUUUGUCUUCUGUCUUAAGCUCCAUUUUACACAAACCAUGAUGUCUUUUGUUUUGUUUUGUUGUUUUUUUUUUUUCAUUGUAUCUGCUGUCAGUGCAGUCAUGACCUCAUCGUUGGCUCUGAUUCUAACUCGACCUCAGACAUCUCAGUUCAGACCUGUUUCAUCUGAUCCAGGAUUAGUUCUCACCUCUACAAACCUCUGAUAUUUGAAAUGUGUUCGAUGUGUCUAUAAGCAAUGGACACAUCCAACACAAGUCAUAGUUUUUUUAAACAAAUAGGUCAGUUUAUAUGCUUAUUGGACGUUUCAGGUGUCACUCACACAGGGUGUCGGCUUUUCUCUCCUGUCGUGCUUUGUUGUCUGUACUCUUUUAAAUUCUUUUUGACAUUCCCUCAGCCCUCUCUCUCACACACUCCAACUCUUUAAACCUGGACACUGGUUAGCAGAGAAAAACUGAACCACAGUCUCUGUUUUUCAUUUUCCAAAGCACACAAGUCACGUUUCUGCAAAUCUGGAAGAUUUUAUGGCCAAACACAGAGAAGCAGAAACAGAGACAGAGAGAAACCCCAGCUGCACUGGUUGCAUCGUUGAAUAAAACCCACAUGUGAUUGUAAUAUUUUCGAAAGAGUGCCACAUGCGUGGCAAGAUCUGUGGGAUGUUUUUUUUGUUUGUUUGUUUGUUUGUUUUUUUUUUGUUCUGAAAAGCAGGGGUAUUGUAUGAUGAUACAUGGUUAAAUAAGGAGUCAGUUUUGUCAUUCGGACCACAUUUUGGAGGUGUGGUGAGCAUUUGUGCCUUUGAAUCUUUUUUUUUUUCAGGUACUGUAAAAGUUUAUGUUUAAUCUAUAAUAUUCAAUCAAAAUACAUCAAAGAUGUGAAUGUGAGUGUGAAUGGUUGUUAACAUUGUCUCUGUGUGUGACCCAGUCCUGGACUGGGCGACUGUCAAAGGGGUAACCCCCCGCCCCCAGACCCUGGAACAGGAAAAUUGGUAAAAUUAUUAUAAAUUAUAAAUUGAUAAAUUAUUAUUUUAAAGUUAAACCCAUUGGUUCCAGUUUAAAUAUGCUACAAAUGCUAACUGUUACUGAGGUGAGAGUUUGACUCUCUGAACGCACUAGUUUCUAGGUUCCUGGAAAAACAUCUGCAGUGCUGAUGUUUUUGAAGCUAUUCCUGAUUAUUAGGUACGCCUGCGUGUCUGUGUGUGUGUGUGUGUGUGUGUGUGUGUGUGUGUGUCUCCGUGUCUCCAGCAUAGCAAAAUAAUCCAAACUGUCUGUUGAGUUAUUGCAAAACUGAAUACUAGUAGGAAGCAGAUGUUGGAGAACGGUGCUAUUUUUAAACGUAUCGUGCUGCAGUCCAAUGUUUAUGUACACUGUCCUGUAAAUUAAAACCUUGGUCAUUUUAAAGAAGCAUUCAGAGGUGAGAUAAUAAGCUGAAAGUGCAAAACAUAUCUAUACUGUUAGCAUUUUUACAUGUACAAAUGUCUGAAUGUUGCUACGUCACUGAUGCUGGCCUUUUUUUUUAUUCUGAAUAAAUAAACAACUUUGUUUACUUCUA